CUGGCCAGUUAAGCUCUUCCUUAAGGGAGGGCACUGGGAUUGGGGGCCGGCAGUGGUUUUGCAAAGCAUUUGGGCACAUGACCCAGGGACUGGGAGUGGAUAGGCUUCUGGCCUCCAGUGUGGGCCUGUGUGGCCCCAACUGGCUAAAGGUUGGGGUCCCUUGGCCUGGCCAGACUGACUUCUAGUUAAAGACUUUGGUGGCCACUUUCCUAAUUGACUCACUGCAUGCAAGAAGUAUGGAAGCUCAGAGGGGCCAGAGCAGGGACCUGGGAAGCUUCAGACACCGUGGCACCAACAAGGAGCAGGGCACCACUGGCUCCUAAUCAUGUGCAGGAGGUUCGCCUACACCGGGUGGAGUCCAUCAGCGAUCUGCACAGUGGAGGUUCACUGUGGCCCUACCUGGCCGAGGAGGCGCAGCCAUGGGAUGAGCUGCUGGGCAUCCUGCCUCCAUCGAUGUGCGCCCAGACCGGCUGCAGCCCCGCGCACAGCCGCGGCAGCUUCCUGCUGCUGCUGGCGCUGCUGGUGCUCACCUGCCUGGCACUGGCUGUCCUGGCCGUCUACCUGAGUGUGCUGCAGAGCGAAUCCCUACGCGUGCUGGUGCACACACUGCGAACGCAGGAGGAAAUGCUGCUCAAACUCCGGCUCGCCAGCCUCAGCCAGCUGCGGAGGCUCAACUCGACUGAGGCCCGAGCACCCAGUUGAGAUGCCACUUGGACCUGGGGCCUGGGGGUAUGUGUAGGGGGGAAUAAAGUGGCCAUUGGUAGCUUUCCCCUCUCCCACUACUGCUCCACAUUACUUCCUUGGUGAGGUUUUCAUAUAAGAGCCUGAUCUGACCCCGCAGCUGCCUGCCUUUCUUGCCUUCUCCAGAUAGCAGGUUCAGAAGUCUAAAAAUAGCUGCCCACCCUGGUCACCCAAAAACUCUGCCAGGCCUCCCAGUGGGGGGUCCAGCCUCAGCUCUCAAAAGACAGGCUGGGCUCUGAGUAGGGGGAGGAGGGCCCCUGGGGAGAGAUUAUUUUGGAGGGCAAAGGUGAGAUGGAGAUAGGGAGGCCCAGCUGGGCCCAAGCCUGGGUUGGUGGAUAGGGAGGGCAGGCAGAAACACCCAGAAGCCAGGGCCACAGAAGGCUGCACAUUGUUUAAUUAAUUAUCUCUAAAAUCUUUAAAACUCAGCAUAUAAAUCCACUCCAGGUAGCCUCACCUCCCCCGCCCCAAAAGUGGGUCAUCCCAGGGGAGCAAGGCCUGAGAAAGGGACAGCCCUCUUCUGCCUGCCCCACAGCCCUGAGACAGGGCAGGAAGUGGCCACAGGGCUGGCGCAGGGGCAAAGCACGAAGGUCCCAAGUGGCCUGGCCUCCAGCCACCCACCCCCAUGUCUGUUUUUGGUUUUGUCAUUAAAAAAAUAAAGCGACAA